UCCUUGAGUCUGCCAGUCGCUUGCAAGGAACGGUGCAUGAUCCCGACAACGUCAAAGGUAGCACGAGCGCUCCCCCCCUUCCCUCGACGAGGUCGUGAGAGACUAAAAUCGUGUCCAACUGUCAACGUGCAUGUAUCCAUCCAUAUUUCCUUUUUCACUAGUGGGUUUACAUUCCCCAGUCAGAAGCGUGGGGACGAUGACAUAAGCAACGCCAGAUCACGUGGGAUUUCUUGGCUUUCCUUCCUUCCUAGGUGGACCGGCGCGUUGAACGCCAUGGUUGGAGCUCACCCGGAGCCCUCCUACCCGCAUAGCAACAGGCCAACAAACCUUCUUUGCGCUGUUCAACCACACAGUAUGCCGCCAAAAGGUGCAGCAGACAAUUCAUCGCGCCGGAAAGCUGCCUCUUUCCAGCCGCCGCGACCUGUCAAGGGCCCCGCACAGCCAUCUGCCACCACAUCACGCUCCAACAACACCGCAAAAGCGGCAACAUCCAGGGCAACGGUAGCCAAUGCAACCGUCAUCUCUUCAGACGAGGAUCAAGAUGAUGAUAUGGACUUGCCGUCUGAUUUUGACGAGUUCAUGAAGGAUGCAUUGGCUGAAAACACCAGACCUGGGCCACCAUUACCACCACCACCAGCAGCUGCUUCACUCCUGUCGGAACCACCGGUGCCCGCGGCUCUUUUGGCUAGGCUACUCCAUGAGCACUUUGAAGACAAAGACACACAAAUCCAGAAAGGUGCAAUGAAUCUGUUUGGCAACUAUCUCAGUAUCUUUGUGCGUGAAGCCAUUGCGCGAGCGAGGAGCGAGCGCGACAGUGCGGCCAAAACCGGGGUGCGAUCGGAUGGGUUUCUGCAAGUUGAGGAUCUAGAGAAGAUAGCGCCACAGCUCGUCCUGGACUUUUGA